AUGUGCGAGGCGCUCGAGAGAUUUUGCGGAGAGGGCGUUCGCGCGGGGGAGGUGUUUCAUAAGUGCCCGGAGGCGGCGUUGGUGUGCGUGGACGCGGCGAAGAUUCAGCGAGCGCUGGUAAACGUGCGCGCGGCGUUGCCGAUGAAGGAGGUGUGUUUGGGACGCGUCGUCGAACGCGCGCCGCGAUGCUUGCUCGCGGCGGGCGACGCCGACGCGAUGAAGGGGUUGGGAGACGCGACGAGAGCGUUGGCGGCGGCGAUGGACGUGUCGUUGGACGAUGAACGGUUGCGAGCGGUCGUGGAGUCGACGGCGGAGGUGCUGUUUGAGGAGCCGGGAGCGAUUCAGCGCGCGAUUGAUGAGAUGAAACCGUUGAAUGACGGUUUGCAUCAUCCUUCGCUCGCGGACUUUGUCGUGGAAUACGCCGAGGCGUUGGUUGUGCCCUACAUUCGGCAGACGCUGGCGCAAACGCUCGCAAUGCGAAGAUCGUACAGAGUGUAG